CGGUUCACACCGGAAACGGGUCCCCGCGACGUGCUGGUCCCGGAGAGAAGGCGCGCACGGUUUCCCAUCGCAGACCAGCCCUCGGGUCACGUGAUCCGCCGCGAUCCACGACAGCCGACGGGACAAAUCACAACGCUUCACGCGCCCCGCGAGCAUCCCUCUCUUCUCCGCGCGGCCCGCCGACUGCAGCCGGUGUGUGUCUGUCUGUCUGUGUGUGUGUGUGUUUAGCAGACGGUUUUUGUGUUGUUUCACAGCAAGUCCGUGUUUGUUUCUCAGCAAGCUUUGUGUAGUUUUGUUUGUGUGCGUUUCGCUGUGAAAGUGAAACUCCGCCAUAUUCGGCGCACCACGCCCGGAGGAAGGACUCGCCGCCGCGUCUCUCUCCUCAAGUUUGUUGCACGAACUUGAUUCCGUCCGAACACGCGAGGAGAGCAACGAGGAGGAAUGACGCUGAGCUCCGUGGGCGCUUGCUGCCUGAGCCCGGAGGCCAAGGAGGCUCGCAGGAUCAACGAUGAGAUCGAGAGGCAGCUCCGCCGGGACAAGAAGGACUCCCGGCGGGAGUUCAAGCUCCUUUUGCUCGGAACCGGCGAAAGUGGGAAGAGCACCUUCAUCAAGCAGAUGAGGAUCAUCCACGGCCGCGGAUACUCUGACGAGGACAAGAGGGGCUUCACGCGGCUCGUCUACCAGAACAUCUUCACAGCCAUGCAGGCCAUGAUCCAGGCCAUGAGCACGCUGAACAUCCCCUACAAGUACGAACAGAACAAGGAAAACGCCGGCCUCGUCCGCGUGGUCGACGUGGAGAGGGUCACGACGCUGAGCAACGUUUACGUGGACGCCAUCAAGUGCCUGUGGAGCGACCCUGGGAUUCAGGAGUGUUACCAUCGCAAGAGGGAAUACCAGCUGUCCGACUCGGCCAAAUACUACCUGAACGACCUGGGACGGAUUGCUGAUCCGGGUUAUCUGCCGACGCAGCAGGACGUCCUGAGGGUCCGGGUGCCCACGACGGGGAUCAUCGAGUACCCCUUUGACCUGGAGGACGUGAUCUUCAGGAUGGUGGAUGUGGGCGGCCAGCGGUCUGAGAGGAGGAAGUGGAUCCACUGUUUUGAGGAAGUCACGUCCAUCAUGUUUCUGGUGGCGCUCAGCGAGUACGACCAGGUUCUCGUCGAGUCCGUCAAUGAGAAUCGCAUGGAGGAAAGCAUGGCCUUGUUUCGUACGAUCAUAAACUACAAGUGGUUCGAGUCAUCCUCGGUCAUGUUGUUCCUCAACAAGAUCGACUUACUGGAAGAGAAGAUUAUGCACUCCCAUCUGGUAGACUACUUCCCCCAAUAUGAUGGCCCCCAGCAGGACGUCAAGGAAGGAAAAGAAUUCAUCUUAAAUAUGUUCGUCGCUCUCAACCCGUACGCGAAGAAGAUCAUCUACUCCCACUUCACCUGCGCCACAGACACGGACAACAUUCGCUUCGUGUUCAGGGCGGUGAAGGACCACAUCCUGCAGAUCAACCUGGAGGUCUACAACCUGGUCUGAAGGGCUGCUGCCGUCGGGCCGGGCUCUGUGCAGCCGGCGGUCCGCAGACCUCUGCCCGCUGAACACUACGAUCCACGGCAGGAAAAAUGGAGAAGCUGCGGAGCUCUCCGCCAAAUGACUACUGAUAUAUUUCAAAUUUCCCUGCGAGGAAGCGGACGUCUCCAGCUAUAACGAAGUGUGUCCUGACAAUUAGAGUGCUGCCUAAGUGGGGAGUCUAUUACAGCAUGCACUCUGGAAUUUAUGGAGCUCUUAAGGUUUUUCGAGCAGUAUCGAUAUAAAUGCACAUGGAUGAAUUAAGGGGGGAGGGGAGGGGGUUAUUUCCAUGGCCCCCGAAGCCUCCGAGGACUUGAUGUAAUGUAGCCGAGUUUCUCCUUCAGGGAAUCUUUGGAAAGUGACACGCUGCAAUGCAGCACCUCGCGUCACUACCCGAGCUGUUAAUAAUUGUUUUAUUUCACGUCAAAGUGGGUUAAAUACUCUAAACACUUAGUUUGUGUCUCGGCUUGAAGGCAAACCAGUAAUCAUUAACACUAAAAACACACAUGACGUUAUUCCAUAGCUGUUUGAGCUGAUGUUCUGUUGCACCUCACUUGUUUGGGUAUUAUUAUUUCCAUAACCUCAUUUUAAGUUUUAUAAGAAUUUGUACACUUACACUUUUGUCUUUGAUGGCAUUAUUCAAUCCUAAACCACUUUUAGUGAGCACAGCGUUAAUGUGUAUUUUAACCAGUACAAGUCUUUCUUUUGUUGAAGCUGCAGCAUCAAAGAUUCAUGCCGUUCGGGGACUAUGAGUGUUCUGUUUGGCUUGAAAACCAUUUGCUGUAAUAUCUGUAAAGCUUUUUGACAUUUUUACUAAUUUUUUUUGUCUGACUGCAUAUUGUAAAUAUCACGCGGUACGUUGGCGGUUUUCACCUUUGGUUCGCAUCAAGGUCCGUGUGGAGAGACUAAUCCCAAGAGACAACUGCUAUGUUCAAUUGUCUCUCCAUUUCACAUUUGAUCUUGUUGUUUUUUUUCUUUUUGUUUUUUCCUAAAUGCAUGACUAAAAAGCUAAUGAGAGCUAAUCCACGGCACGAAUGUUUACACGACCCCUUUCUUCCCGUCAGAAAUAAUCACAGCCUAAUUUAAGCAGUUUAAUUUAUGGUUAGCUUUCACUGCGAUAUCUUAAUGCGGCCUUAGUGUUGUUAAUGUGCUCGGAUAAAUAAACAGACAUUUGCUGCUCCGUU